GGCGAUACCAACUAGGCUCGGCUUUCAUUCCAGCUGUACCUUUGAUGUGCUUGAUUUACCUUUGCCCAGAGUCUCCUCGUUGGUAUAUGAAGAAGAACCGCUAUGGUGAUGCGAUGAAAUCCUUGUUACGACUGCGAAACCACCCGGUACAGGCCGCUCGCGAUCUGUACUAUAUUCAUGCACAACUUGAAGUCGAGCUCGAGUUCAUCGGACAAGGAAACUAUGCGAAACGCUUUAUUGAACUCUUUACGAUACCCCGUGUGCGACGAGCCACUUUGGCGUCCUUUGUGGUUAUGAUUGCCCAACAGAUGUGCGGUAUCAACAUCAUUGCCUUUUAUUCGACAAGCGUCUUUCGAGACGCCGGAGCCACCGAUAACGAGGCUCUGCUGGCAUCGAUGGGGUUUGGUCUGGUCAAUUUCGUCUUUGCAUGGCCUGCGAUAUGGACGAUAGAUACCUUUGGCCGGCGAUCUCUGCUGCUCUUUACGUUUCCUCAGAUGGCAUGGACAUUGCUUGCAGCAGGCCUGUGUACAUUGAUUCCGGGUACGGGUGGACUCCACAUGGCACUGGUGGCUCUCUUCGUUUAUCUCUUCGCAGCAUUUUACUCGCCCGGAGAGGGACCCGUGCCUUUCACUUAUUCGGCCGAGGUGUUUCCCUUGUCGCAUCGUGAAGUGGGCAUGUCAUGGGCUGUAGCAACAUGUCUAUUCUGGGCAGCAGUUCUGUCCAUCACUUUCCCAUUGAUAUUGGCCAGGUUACACGCCAUCGGUGCUUUUGCGAUGUACGCUGGCUUCAACAUCAUUGCUCUGGUCAUGAUAUUCUUGUUCUUACCGGAGACGAAGCAACGUACGCUAGAGGAGCUGGAUUACAUCUUUGCAGUACCGACACGCGUGUUUAUGAGAUACCAAGUUACCAAAGUCCUUCCCUGGUGGAUCAGGAGAUGGAUUUUAUUCCAGCGGGAAGCCAGGCUGGAUCCAUUAUAUCAGUUUGACACAGUUGGCGAGCCGGAAGACAGCCACGGCAGCGACUACGGGUACGAGAACGACAAGGCGAAAGUCGAGCUAAAGGAUACCAUUGGACUUACGUCAGGAGUUCAGGCGACAAGAUGAGGCUGAUUUUUUUGAUGUGGAGCGAGUGAUAUCACGACUCUGGCGUUUUGAAUUUGAUUGGGAUGAUAUGAUUUGGAGCAACUGUCUGGUUAGCAUGUACUGCUGUCGUACUGUACUGCACUUUAUGAUACCCUGCACGACAAAGUAGCAAGCGAAAUGAUAUUGGAUCAAUGUCUGUCUUUUAUUUGAAAGGAGAUGAAUUCCCCAACCCACUAACGCUAGUAGUGGACGAGCUGAAUGUCUUAGAUGAUGUGACGUCAGAGGAACAAGUCAUCACGACCGCAGCUAUGUUGUUUCUGCCACUUUCAGUCCCUUGAACCCUUACAUGGGUUGUUAG